AUGAUUUUGUUUUUGUUGUAUUUACCCUUUUGUAUUUGUAUUGGCUUAAACUCAAAUAACAGGAAACUUUUCUUUAUAAAAUCAAAUAUAUCAUACUAUUCUUUACCAAAUAAUCAUACAAAAAAAGUAUAUCAGUACGAUGAAUCGUUUAAUGACCUAGUUGAUGAUUCAAAUGAACAAUUUAACGAACAGAAUCUUAGCGACAAACAGCCUCUAAGAGAACACUUCGAUAUAUCUGCCAAUAAUGUUACUCUUUGUGGAAGGAUUGGAUUCAUAGCAGAGCCUCAUGUGUUUGAAAACGGCGUAAAAUCUCUCAGAUUAUCAAUCGCUACAUCAGACAGAACUAGAAAUGGAAUGAUUAGAACAGAUUGGCACAAAGUUGUUUUAUACGGAGUGGGAAAUGUUGACUAUAUAUACUCCAGAGCAAGAGUGGGAGAUAAAGCUUUGGCUAUCGGACAACUUAGAUACUAUCAACCUCAAAACACAGAUGGACUCAAUAGAGCUAAAGUAGCGGAAGUAUGCGUAAACACGAGUAGGGGUGGCCACACCUUCAUACUUAUGCCUAAGAAUCCUCUGACGAUGGAAAAAACAUACGAAGAAAACCAGCAAAUAUACCCCGAUAACUACUAA